CCUCCAGCUGUCCCAGCAGCAUGGCCUUCAGUGGCAAGUACGAGUUCGAGAGCGACAAGAAUUAUGACGAGUUCAUGAAGCGCCUCGGACUCCCCAGUGAUGCUAUUGAAAAGGGCCGAAACUUCAAGAUUGUCACAGAGGUGCAGCAGGACGGGCAGAACUUCACCUGGUCCCAGCACUACCCGGGCGGCCACUCCAUGACCAACAAGUUCACCAUUGGCAAGGAGUGUGACAUGGAGACCAUGGGAGGCAAGAAGUUCAAGGCCACCGUGCACAUGGAGGGUGGGAAGAUCACGGUGGAGUUCCCCAACUAUCGCCAGACCUCGGAGAUUGUGGGUGACAAGCUGGUGGAGAUCUCCACCAUCGGAGGUGUGACCUAUGAGCGUGUGAGCAAGAGACUGGCCUGAGCAGCCAGGGUCCCAAAGGCACCAGGAAAGCUGGAAGAAGAAAACAUUCU